AUGUUACACCAAAUCAACCUACAAGAGAGCUCAGUCGCACCGAGUCCAGUAAUCCCAACCUGCCGCCUCAGUCCUCAGCUGUCUAAACGAGGUCGCACCAGCAUGUCUAACAUCCCAGGAGGAGAUAUUCAACCUCCAGGAUUGUUAAAUAUGCAGAACCGAAGUGAACAUGUCCCCGAUCUUGUACAGUUCUUCCAGGCACAGGAUGCCUUGUCGACCACAUCUUCGCAAUCCGGUAGCGCUCGCGAUAUCUUAAAAGCGGGCCAGCGACGCCUGCGGCAGCUAGCUCAGCGUCCCAAAAGGGGAACAGACCCUCAGACCAAAGCCGAAGAAACGUCUCGCCAGCUACUAGUGCUUCAACAGGAGGGAUUUCUGCCUGUGACUCUAACUCCCCCCAAGCCCAAGAAAUCUGCCCCUAAGCGAAGUAUUGACUCCACAGUAUCCUCGACCAGAUCUGCUUCCAAUCUCAGCUUCCAAUCGAGUUCCAGGAGAGACGUAGAAAGCAUUGGACAGCCAUGGCUGGAAGGUUCGCUGGAAAAGUUUGAUACCCGUGAAAUGAAAGGAGGCCGUUUGUCUUCGCUAGAUCUACGGGAUAUCACGUCCCUGGUCGGUGCUGCGUUGCCUCGACCUCCUCAAUUUGAGGACGUGACCCCUCCACCUUAUCAGGCUUCAGCCCAGUCAAGCAAUCAUGAUACGCAAGGAAACUCUUCCCAUCCCUCAACUUGCCAUACUGCAAAUUCUACGACUAGUGAGCCACUGGAUGAGAUAGAAGCCUUGCCGAAGGUUCCGGAAAUACCAGAUCGAACGAGCAGUCAUCACACCAGGAUGUCGACCAGCACGUUAGACAACAAGCAACAGUCGGGUCACGAGCAACCGGCAGAAGCCAAGCCAGCAGGGCCCAAAGACGGCCCUGAAGCAGCGGACAGCAAAUCAUCGUCGUCUAGUACACCAAACACCAUGCAGAACCAUUCGAACCCGGGAGCACAAACACUGAAGCUUUUCCCUGACCCUAUGCCUCCACGGAUGCCUAAUAAAGGAGCCUGGCGCAUAUCGAACGGUUGCCCACCCCCUUCCGUUAGAUCCUUACCAACCACGUCAGCGCAACAAGACUCUUCGGCCGUUAGUGCUCAACCGAAUGACAAGAACACUAAGCCUUCAUCUAGCACCCAAAAUCGUGACGCCGGCCCUGGAAGCCUGGGGUGUGUGGGUCAAAUGCCUUCAGCGCAACCGACAGAUCCAAGCAGAAACAGUGUGGCAAACCAAGGACCUGAAAAAAUGCCGCUGGUUAGAAAUGGCCGCCGUCCGGCAUCCUUGCCCAUGGGCGCAAUUGAUGCAUUCCCUCUACCAGCACCUAUGAGACCUCUGCCUGCGUUACCGGAAGCAGUUCCAGGCAUUCGUCCUACUUACGGACAAGACACUACCGCCACCAAAAGAGGCCUUCGGGUCAACCAACAACAGCAGGUCCUUCAGUUACCAUCACGUCCUACAACAGAAGGAUCCAUGGGCAGUGCUGCGAGGAGAGAUAAUCCUGGGUCAAUAACUGGUCAAGCUACACCAAGCGCUAGCAAACCUGAGACAGCAACGGACAGAGGAAACAAAUCUGCUAGGGCAGGUGCAUCGAAUUCUAAGUCUGUCACGUCCAUGAGAGCCAGUCCAAGCCGAGCGGAUAGGGUUCGUGCGCUGAAGAAGAAAGAUAUGUCAGCGAGCCGAAGCUACUUGCAAGACUCAGAUUAUCGUCCUCUGGAAGAAGGUCGGCAGUCUCUUUCCAGGCUCUCUCAUACGACCUCAUCCGAAAAAUAUGAUGAGACGACAGCUGCUUCACGCGGCACCGACGAGGGAGUUGGGAGUCAAUAUGAAAGGGAAUCUACAGAUACCCAGUUGUCUACUCUUUCCUCUUCUGGCUCGAGAUUUCCUGGGCAAUCCACUGAAGCUCAUGCUAUUAGCACGCAGGAUGGUAGCCAACUCGCUUAUCUUAACGCUACAUCAUUGAACAUCCAUGAACCGUCGUCCCUGCCUGCUUCAAAAAGAAGUUCUCGGGUCUAUCCAGGCGGUGGUACACGAAGCACAAGCGUCCUCAGUAGAAGGGUAGCUAAUGAUCUGGAUCUUCACGAGCGCUCUGAGACCCCUCUCCCGUCUUCGGAAGAUGAAGGUAUGGAUAUUGGCAUGCGCAAGCAACAGGCACAUCCUCUGCCUAGUAGGCGACGGCGACCUAAGUUGGCACCCAUUGAUGCUGACGAGUCUGCCACACGCAAGACGCGUCAUAUGAAAAAGUCGUCGUCACACGACCACUCUAGGCCCAGAACUCCCCGAAACCACAGAAGGCAGGGCCUGGAGAAAUCUUCCUCGCAAUCACCACGUUUGCAAGGUAGUUACUACUAUCGGGAAACACGAGGCAGUCAUCAUCGGCCUUCUUACGUUCGAGAGCUCGAAAAGCGCAUUGCACAUCUCGAGCACCAAAACAGAACACUUCAAGCUGCUCUUCUUGGGGCUCUCGGUGUGGGAGGUAAACAGAACGUAGAAGGUCUUCUCGGUGGAUCAUCCACCUCCCUCUCUACUCCCCCUACUAGUAGAUCUUUCUCAUCUAUGACGGACUCUCCAUCCAGCCUGGAUUCCCAUAUCAUGAGGAAUGAGCGGCGUACGCACAGACGCCAAGCCGCAUACCAUCCAGAAACCUGGAUUGCCAGCCCUGGCUCCAGCCGACGCAGUAGCUACAGCUCAGAAGCAAGUGCUGACAUCCGGGAGUUGGAAAAUAUGAUUGAGGACUUCGAUUUUGGCUGGGAGUCGGAUCAACCGAGUUCCCAAAGAGCACACAACAGCUCGAGAUGA